UUCUCUGUACUUUGCCUUCAGAAGUCAGUUUGUGUUUCCCCUGCCUUGCCCUUACAGGAACACAGUCCUCAAUAUCUGUGGAAACAAGCCAGCUCAGGAGCUGAGGCGGAGUGUGUUCAACUUUGACAAGAUUCAGCAGUCGCAAGACUGUCCCUGUGAGGAUCCUGUGACACAGAUACUGGGGGAAACAACAGGUGCGUCCUUCAGUUGACAGGAAACUGCCCUGCAAAGUCUGUGUCUCUGCUUAGUUCAUGUCUGGAUCAGUUCAAUGCGGAGACCACCACAGUGGCUCUGAAACUAUUACAUUCUUCUCAUGCAGGCACCUCCAGCACCGCCUGUACCUCUGACACCCCCAGCACCUACAGUCCUUUCAGCUCCUUCAGUUUCUUCAGUUACAAACGAGUCUGCGCAGGAAGCGCCCAGCGUACCUUAGCCAACUCCAUGGGCACAGAGACCUUCUGCAAGCUGCAGGAGAAGAUUGAGCACCUCAAGGUUAUUUUAAAAGUUACUUUUACAUUACAGCCAUGGGAAGUACGUCAACUCUUGUUUCAAGAAACACGGGACGAUAUAGAGGCGCACAAGAUGCAAAACAAGUUCCUCAGCUCUGAAAUCUACCAGCUUACUAAGCUGUGGAGGAACAGUUCAGAAGAGGAGAAGGGCCUCCUGAUGAAGUGUGCCUACCUGGAGGCCAAAAACUGCCAGAUUGAGAGCAAGUACCUGGUCGUGCUGCGCAGGCUGCAGGAGAGCAAAGGGCUGGACAGCAGUCAGCAGGAGAUGGUGAAAAGGCUCAUUGAGGACUCACUGCAGGGAGACAAGAAGGAUGUCUUUAAACUCAACCCUGUCAGGUAAGACAG